AGUCCGGUGCUGUGUGCGCUUUACGACCGCACGUUAAAUAACUUCUUCACGGACCGGCUAUUCUCCUGUUAUUCCCCGGUGUUACAUUUUAAACCUCCAGUUUGGGUUUUCUUCCAACUUUCACUACGCCCCCUCUCCGGCUGUUAUGAAGAAAAACUCGACGGCUUCAAGUUGCGCGGCUCCAGUGUGAAGCAGCACCGUGCAGGUGUAAAUAUCGUCCGUGUCUCCGGAGAGGAUGGAUCUGCAGUCGGAGAAUGUGAGUGUGGUGCCUGGCGAGGUGUUGGCGCGCUGUGAGGAGCAGGGGAACCUCAGCAUGGAAGUUACUGACUAUAAUAUCAGCUGCAAGAACGUCUCGGUCAUCCCCAGAGCGACCAGAGGAGUCAAUGAGAUGGACUCCUUCCGCAUCCUGCUUUACUCCCUCAUCUUCCUGCUCAGCGUCUUCGGCAACAUGCUGAUCAUCGUGGUCCUGGUGCUGAACAAGCGCAUGCGGACCGUCACCAACUCCUUCCUGCUGUCGCUGGCGGUCAGCGACCUCAUGAUGGCCGUCUUCUGCAUACCCUUCACCAUCAUCCCCAACAUCCUGGAGGACUUCAUCUUCGGAGGCCCCAUGUGCAAGAUCGUCUCCUACUUCAUGGGGAUCUCUGUCAGCAUCUCCACCUUUAGCCUUGUGGCCAUUGCCAUCGAGAGAUACAGCGCCAUCUGUAACCCGCUGAAGUCUCGCUCAUGGCAGACCCGAUCUCACGCCUACCGCGUCAUCGCUGCCACCUGGGUGGUGUCGCUGCUAAUCAUGGUGCCCUACCCGGUGUUCAGUGUCCUCAAGUCUUUCCCUAAGGCCAAUGGCACUGUUGGCCACAUGUGUCGCCUGCACUGGCCUAACAGGCAAGCUGAGCAGUCCUGGUAUGUGCUGCUGCUGUUCACUCUGUUCUUCAUCCCGGGAGUAGUGAUGAUUGUAGCCUACGGUCUGAUCUCCAGAGAGCUCUUCCGAGGAAUUCAUUUUGAGCUGGGCCAGAACACAGAGACCACCACCGCCGGCCAGAAGAACUGUGUAGGAAAGGUCGUCCCAAGGUCCAAUGAUGACGACGAUGGUUGCUACAUCCAGGUGUCUAAAAAACCCUCGUCCGCUGUGGAGCUCCACACCCUCUCUGCCUCAUCUAGCGCCACCCAGGCCAAAACUGAGCGCGCACGUAGCAACACCUCGGAGGCCAAGCUGCAGGCCAAGAAGAGAGUCAUCCGCAUGCUGAUGGUGAUCGUGGCGCUCUUCUUCAUCUGCUGGAUGCCCCUGUACUCAGCCAACACCUGGAGGGCCUUUGACCUGGUGUCAGCCUCCAAAGCCCUCUCAGGAGCGCCCAUCUCCUUCAUCCACCUGCUGUCCUACACCUCGGGCUGUGUCAACCCCAUCAUUUACUGCUUCAUGAACACGCGCUUUCGCAAGGCCCUGCUGUCCACCUUCGCCUGCUGCUGCCGCAACCGGCUCUGUCGCUGGUGGUGCAGGAGGAAGGAGGGAGGAGAAGACGGCAUCAACACCACAUCCAUGGCCACGUCGAUGGCCACCUCCAUGUCCAAGUUCAGCUACACCACCAUCAGCUCCGCCGGCACCUGCUGAGCCUCGGGUGGAGCUGGGUGGUCACAUGAGAGGUUGUCAGGGGGCAGCGGUUACUGUGUGCACCAUCUCUUUAAAUCUUCAUCUUAAUAUGCUAUGAGUCAUGCGCUGAGUAAUAUUCCUGCCCUCGUUUAUGAAGCCUUUUUAAAAAGGUCUCCUUCAAAUUCUGUGUGCAUGGUUGCAGAAUGUGAGGCGGGCAAAACGCUGUUUCAGUUUUGUGACAUUCUUUUUCUUCUGUUUAAUUGGCAGCAUCCGCUUUGUUGCAUCCCGAAGAGAACAUCAAGUGCCUGUGCUCUUUGUGUGGCUUUGUUUGUCAUGGUAGUUUGUUCACUGGCUCACUGACAUUUGAGUGAAAACUGCGUUGAAAAUAUGAAUCCUGUGUACUUGUAAAUACUGUUUUUAUGUUCUUACUGUGCCAAAGGUAAAUACUGUUGAACAAGGAGGACUUAUUACCUCAGUAAUGAAUCAGUAUGGAGUUCAUAUCCUUUUGUGUUUAAUGUGGUUUGAUCUUCAGUCUGUCUCCGUUAUCAGAAUUAUUCUGCUGAAGGCUACUCUGGAGAUUGUCGGGUCACUCAUUUCUGAAAUCUUUGAACAGCAAGAACUCUGUCUCUUUACACUGAGAGAUUUAAAAAGGGUACAGUUAGUCCAGAUGUUUCUGGACACUGCUUCUUACUUAGCUCUGACUUAGUGUUUCGCUCUUAUUGAGUUAUGUUUCAUCACUUCUUGUGUGUACAGCAGAUCUUCUGCGAACACCAAAAUGGACUGUUUUGCAGCACCGCUCUGUGAUUCAGGUGGAUAAGGCAGAUGCGUCUUUACAUAAACAUCUCCACGAUAAACAUCUCCACGAUAAACAUCCGAGGACUGUAAUUAAGUCUUUGCAUACAUAAAUGAGAAAACCUGGUGUUUAGAAUGAGGCAAUUCACUCGUGUUCAUCCACACUGCAGCAUGACAAACUGGGAUCAAACCGGCUUGGUCGUGGAGCCUACAUUUCCUGUUUCCACUGCAACGAGUGUUUGUAGAAUACUGAUGCAGACAUUAACAUGAGGAUGGGAACUGUUAGAGAAAGUGCACAUCGUCCACCCGUAAAAAGGCUGAUUGCACCUGCGAGUUGAUCCAGUCUGACCUUGCUACACAUGGCACGGAAAAGUGCUUUAGUCAAACUCACCUUUUCGUCUCAAUUAUCUCUCUGGUGUCUUUUAUGUACUGACUCUGCCUUCCGCUGCAGUGCUGCCAAUUACUCUGAGCAUUACCUAAGUACAAAGACCCCGUCUCCCGGCUUAGACUAAUGAGGUGUUUUUCAGGGACCCUCUCCUCUCCUGCAGUGCAAAUCUCAUGGCUUUGCCUUUGGAAAACUGAUGACAAGUUGCUCCUCUGACGUGCCACAACUGAGCCCGUCAAUUCAUCGAUAAUAACACAAAUACAUAUAUACAUAUAUAUAGAUAUAUUCGUCCAAUCCUAUUCUCUAUGCAGCUAGCUUCAAUAGCUAAUCCAGAGGAUCCUUUAUGUGUUAGCUUUGGUUUGAAAUGAUAUAUGUAAAAGUCAAAUGUUUCUGAAAGACUUUAAGAUGAAUUAAGUCUUUCUUCAAUGUUAAGGCAGACUUGUUUGAUUGAUGAUUUCUUGAUUCAAAGUAAAUAGCAGAUAUUAUUUUGACAGGAGAUGAUGUUCAUUUACAAGUUUCAAAUUGCCAUGGAAAUUAUUCAUAACUUCAUUCAUGAAUUCAUUCAAUUCUGCCAAAAUAUGGAAAUAAUGCUGUCGCAGUGAAUAAUUUUACAUCCCAUUAGGAUAUAAAGCAGACUGGAUGUUAUCAGUUGGCCUCUGCAACUCAAAAAUAUCUGGAUUUGUGUUAAACGGUGAGAUGUAAUACUUUUGUCCUGCAUACGGUGCACGUUCACAGCUUAGUGCUGUCGUCUCAUCACUUUCAAGUUUGGUCCUCUUUUUCACGUCCUCCAUUGCCUAGCACUCCCUGUCCCUGCAGCCCCACCCUCCUUUUUAUCCCUGUCAGUGCAGAGGCGUAUGAAUACAUGAAUGGCAAUAGCGUGUGGGUGACAGCUGAGAUUUGCAGGCACAAGCGCUGUCCGAGAGCAGUUUACAGGCUGUGGCAGAGGUGGCAGCGAGUUCGGCAGACAGACAAUUGGCACACAGAGAAGAGCCUGACUUCUUAACACCUCGUCUGGCGGCCGCAACUGUGUGCGCUUUUGUAAUUAAAGCAGGAGACGAUGAGUAAUUUCUUUGCAAGCCAACCUUGCGGAUUUAAUUCACUGUCUCUGUGCACCUUCCAUCAAAUUUGUAUUUAUUUACAUGUUUUGUUACGUUCAGAAAUUGCAGCCUAUAGUUUAUUGAAUUACAAACGGUUAAGUAUGUUAAAUUACCAUAGCGGAGUAGGAAUAAGGACUAUAAGCCUGUUAUCCAGAGCUGGUACUAUUUUGUAUUUAAUGGCCUGUAGAUUUACAACUUCUGAAAAUAAAUCUCAGUCUCCA